GAAAUACAAUAAAAAAGAAAGAGAGCUUUGUACAAAAAAGUGGGGCAGCUGGUUUACCUAAAACUUAUGAAAUUAAACCGUCCUUUCGUCAUUACAACGCCAUGACUUUUUUAAAUGAUACAUUGGAAUAUCGACAAACCGUUACAUCCUUAAAAAAAUCAGUAGUUGAAAAUCAAGUUUCCAAUAUUCCUUCUACAUCAAAUGCUACAUCAAAUGACAACUUUGACAAUUUUGACGACAAUGGCACUCUUAUCUCCGAUGAUAAUUACACAUCAAUAUCUAGCGUCUCUCCAACAGCAUCUACAUCAAAAAAGAAAAAAAGGAUUAAUGCAGAAGACUACGAAGAAGCUCUUCUUCAUUCUUUGACAAAACCUUGUGAGCCAAAUCCUAUUGACGGAUUUGUAUCGCGGUUGGCGUACACAUGUGAGACAGCGUUUUUAACAUGUUUAUGUUAUGUAUUUAUAUAUUAUUACUUACCAAUGACGACAUGCUCCUUGAACAUAAAAAUACUGAUACAAUCGACAGAAAAAUUUUUUUUAAAUUUGUUUCUCACUUGGGACACGUGUUGUCUGCGAAAACAUUUCACGAAAGUGAGGUUAAUUUUUCCGUUUUAAUUCCGUUACGUCAAAC